CGCGGCCAAUCAGCGUCGCCCACGACCCUCCCCGGAGGAGCUGGAGCCGCCGGUCGCUUGGGCCGGGUCCGGAGCCGCCACUGUCGGGACGGGGGGCGGCGACGGAGGAGGAGAUGGUGUCCCCCGCUGCCUCCGCCGGCCGCCUGGGCUCCGCGUUGCCCUUCCUGCUCGUUCUCCUCGACCUGCAGUACCAGGGAGCUGAGUGUGGAAUAAAUGCAGAAGUAGAAAAACAACUUGAAAUGGGAAAGAAAUUAUUGGCUGCUGGACAGCUGGCGGAUGCCUUGUCUCACUUCCAUGCAGCUAUAGAGGGAGACUCUGAUAACUACAUUGCUUAUUACAGAAGAGCCACAGUGUACUUAGCCAUGGGCAAAUCUAAAGCAGCAAUUCGCGAUUUAAGUAAAGUGGUUGAAUUAAAGCAGGACUUCACAUCAGCAAGAUUACAAAGAGGACACUUACUGCUUAAGCAAGGAAAAUUUGAUGAAGCAGAGGAUGAUUUUAAAAAUGUGCUCAAAUCCAAUCCUAGCAAUAAUGAGGAGAAAGAAGCCCAGACUCAGCUGACAAAAUCUGAUGAGCUGCAGCGCCUGCAUUCACAAGCAUUAUCUGCCUACCAGCAAGAGGAUUACGAAGCUGCUAUUUCUCUUCUUGAUGAAAUCUUGGCAGUUUGUGUUUGGGAUGCAGAGCUACGGGAACUUCGAGCAGAGUGUUAUAUAAAGGAAGGGGAACCAAGCAAAGCCAUUAGUGACUUGAAAGCUGCUGCCAAAUUAAAGAAUGACAACACUGAAGCCUUCUAUAAAAUCAGCAGAAUAUAUUAUCAGCUGGGGGACCAUGAAUUAUCUCUCAGUGAGGUCCGGGAGUGUCUGAAACUGGACCAAGACCAUAAGCAGUGCUUCUCCCUCUAUAAACAAGUAAAGAAACUCAAUAAGCAGAUUGAGUCAGCAGAAGAAUUCAUCAGAGAAGGCAGGUAUGAAGAUGCUAUCAAUAAAUACGAUAGUGUAAUGAAAACUGAGCCAGAAGUUCCAGUUUAUGCUACUCGUGCCAAAGAAAGGAUCUGUCACUGCUUAUCAAAGAAUCAGCAGGCUACAGAAGCCAUCAAACUUUGUACAGAAGUUCUGCAGCUGGAACCAGCCAAUGUGAAUGCCCUGAAAGACAGAGCAGAAGCUUAUUUGCUGGAAGACAUGUAUGAAGAAGCUAUUAAAGACUAUGAGACUGCUCAAGCCAACAGUGAAAAUGACCAGCAGAUUCGGGAAGGGCUGGAACGUGCCCAGAGAAUGCUGAAGCAAUCGCAGAAGAGGGAUUACUAUAAAAUCCUGGGAGUAAAAAGAAAUGCUCGAAAGCAAGAAAUCAUAAAAGCUUACAGAAAGCUGGCAUCCCAGUGGCACCCUGAUAACUUCCAGAGUGAGGAAGAAAAGAAGAAAGCAGAGAAAAAAUUUAUUGAUAUUGCAGCUGCUAAAGAAGUCCUCACUGACCCAGAAAUGAGGCGAAAGUUUGAUGCAGGAGAGGACCCACUGGAUGCAGAGAGCCAGCAGGGUGGCAACAACCCUUUCCACAGGAGCUGGAACACGUGGCAAGGAUUCAACCCUUUUGGUUCUGGAGGAGGACCAUUUACAUUCAAAUUCCACUUCAGUUAGAGCCAAGACUGUUUCUGGUGGCUGCUGCUGUUUUUUACUUAAUUCAUUGAAAAAUAAAAGUCUCUCAGUUCAAGACCCAAAAUCUUAAUUUCUAUAAUGUUGUCCUUAACCCAAGUCUUACUGCACUAGAAGAAAGUUCCUCCUUUUUUUCAUUGGGUUUGCUUUGUGAUGAGCGUGACAAGCUCACACUGAUAGGGGUUGUGCUACCUAUGUAUUUGCUGUGGAUAUGCAGGACAUGUUUAUUCAUAUGGAUGRAAGAAACAGUAAGAUGCUACUUAGGACAACACUUAAAUUUACAACUCAAGUAUAUGCUUAGGGAUAAAAAUGCAUGUAAAUAUUUUUCUGGAUUGGGGCGUAAUAAACAUGGCAAGAAUAGUUACAGUAGUCUCAACGUUAACAAACUGUUGGUUGUACUCAGCAGAAUGAUCCAUCUCCCAGUAUUUUUGAGAGAAAAUGAAGUGACCACCUGCUGGAUUGGUUUUGGCAGUGCCAUAGGUGGGGAAGAGGCUGCAUGCUGAACCAGUCCCAACAAUUGCUCUGGAAAAAGAGUGCUCGGGAAUAAUUGUAUCUGAAAUAUCUGCUCACUUUGUUGUUCACUAACCUGAAAUUAAUUGGGGUGAUUUCCUUGGUGCAAUUGUCAGCAGUGAGGUGGGGGGGUGGGGGGAAAGACUUGUUUUUCAAAAUGCUUCUUUUCUGACUGUGAUUUGGGCUUUUUUGUUUAGGUAUGAUUUUUGAGUAGUUUGCACUUUAACAAAAUACCUGCUUGAGAUUUGAGCAGAAGAUUUGAUGUGACAUUUCCCUGACUCUGCAGCAAUUUGUUAGUUCUGUACAUAGACACUGAACUGAGACAGGUUGUGAGGUGAGUCUACUACAGGAAUGYGAUAUUAACUCCAGCCUUACCCUGUAAUACAACUUCAUUUCUGCUGGGUGAUGCAACAGGGAGUUAAUACUACAUGAAAUUGUAGUAAUUUUAUAUUUCGUGUAACAGCCACGGUACUGCAGAGACAGCUCUGUGCAGAAAGAGGGACUCACUUCCUACUAGCCAAAAGUCUGUUUUUUGUUUUUUUUCUAUAUGCACGUACUUAAAAUGGGUUUGGUGUAGUUGGUGGAACUGUGUGAAUGUGGUGUGUGGUGUUACCAGGGAUGUGGCUGGCASGAGUGAAGGAAUCUUCUCAUUCUGUGACUGCAUCUGUCAUAAUUACUGAUGAGUUUCAUCAGCAGCCAUUUUCUUGGAACACAAGAAUUACAGUUCAUCAGUGUUCUCUUAAUUGGAUUUUAACUGGAAAAUAAUAAUCAGUUGAUAGGAAUCUUCUGUCACUUCAACUUGUGCCAUUUGAAAACCUAAGCAGCCUCAGUAAAACAAAUGAAAUUAGUAAAUAAGGCCUUCAGUCUCAAAGGGGGGUUUUUAGUAUUGUAGAAGCUGCGGUUGAAACAAAUACCUUGGCUCCUGCCUCAAGUACUUCACCACCAUAAUUGCRAGGCCCUCUGGCUUUGUAAAAUGUUUUUCAACAGUAAUUUAAAGGUCAGUGUUCACAAAUUUAUCUUCAAACUGAGGAGCAUGUGUGGUGAUUUCUAACAGCUUAUGGUACAAAACCACCCCAGCAGCCUGUUAAAUACCAGUGUUGGAUGUUCCCCAAGUUGAAUGACUUUCCACAAGUUCAGCUUGUGCUUUUGACCUGUUGGAAACAUUUUUGCUUCAACUGUUGGAGGUGUUCAGGGCUCUUCUGAAUGCUGAGGCUGGCAUGACUCUCAAGGGCUGCGUGUCAGACACAGGAACUCUGCCCACUGAAGAACCUGAACCCCGUGGGCUUGGCCUCYGUGCCCCUGCUUCUUGCUGGUGGGCAGGUGGCUGWGGGUGGGUGGCUGUCCUGUGUCCUCCUGCGGCUCUUGUCAGCCUUGUGCCUCUGAGGGCUGAGCUGGGCCCCGUGGUGCUGGCUCCCGGGUUCUGUGUGUGUGUGUGAGCCAUUGGAACACUUCUUUGUAUUGCCUUGAUCACUCCAGCAGGGGCAUUUUGAAUGAGUGUUGCAUGACCAGUGUGUCCAGUUUUGUACAUACAGGAGUGGCUGCGAAGUCCCAGUAAAGGCCACAGCUGUGMUUCUGUGCCAGGGGGCUGCUUGGAAUGAAUCUUCUUUCAAAGGACUGCCCUUGUUCAGCUUUAAAAGCUUGAGCUGAGAGAAUUUUCCUGGGGUUUAWUUUUUUUUCUAGAGAAGGAGUAAGACAUUCCCUCAUGAGUAAAUACUUCACACAAGGCACUGAUGUGGGAGCAGUGUGGGUUUGUUUCUUGGAGGCAGUAGGACAGUUCUGCUGUAGGCCGGUAACAUUCAGGAACAAAAAAGUACCAUGUGCAUUUUGAAAAU